AUGAGGUGCCUAUCAAUUGUGCUGUUCCUUCUAUGGGCCCCGCUCGUGGUCCCUGCGCUAUCGACGACAUCUUCGACGCCUCUAGCCUUGACUAAGCGGGAUGUCAUCUCAGACAUCCUCAAUGACAUCAAGGACAUCGCAACCUGCGCCGGCUGCAACUCGCUUCUGCUCGUCUUGCAAGCGCUCGCACAUACCGGCAACGACAACUUCGUAAAGGUUAUUACAGCUGUAUGUACGGCCACAAAAAAAGAAGAUCCCGAUGUUUGUGCUGGAGCAAUCGGCCUGGAAGGCCCCAUUCUCGCGCACAACCUCCGUCAGAUGACUGUAGGCACCAAAACAGCGGACCUCUUCUGCCUCACUGUCUUCGGCCUCUGCCAGUGGCCGGCAGUCGACACAUCCUUCUCUCUUCCUCUGUCGUCCAAGCCAAGCAUAUCAAGACCUGCGCCUAGCAACAAGACGCCCAUCAAGGUGGUACACAUUAGCGAUAUCCAUAUCGAUCUCAACUACACCACUGGUGCCAGCUACAAUUGCACCAAGAACAUUUGCUGCCGGCCUUACACUGCCGAUGACGAGCCGGGCGUUACGGAAUACCCAGCUGGUCCGUACGGUAACUCUGCUUGUGACACGCCCUUGUCACUCGAAGAGAGCAUGUACGCCGCCAUCCAGUCUUUGGUCCCUAGCCGUGCCUUCAGCAUCUUCACCGGUGAUGUCGUUGAGGGAGCUGUCUGGCUGGUGACUGAUAAUGAAGUCACCUUGGACCUUCAGAGCGCGAAUAGUCACAUGGCUUCCCUUGGCCAGGUCUACCCGGUCAUAGGCAACCAUGACGCAUCUCCUGUCAACUCCUUCCCCCCUCGAUCCGUAGACACGGAUAUCUCUACUCAAUACGCGUACGACACCUUGUCCGACGCAUGGUCCUCGUGGAUAGGCGCGGCUGCCGCCGAUGAGGUAUCGACGAACUUCGGUAGCUACUCGACACUCACCGCGUCUGGACUCCGCAUCAUCAGCCUCAACACCAACUUCUGGUACAAGCAGAACUUUUGGCUUUACGAGAAGACCAUGGAAAACGAUCCAUCGGGUAUGCUCUCGUGGCUAGCAGCUCAGCUCGAAGCAGCCGAGGCAGCCGGUGAGAGAGUCUGGCUUCUCGGCCACAUGCCCAUGGGCGCCAGCGACGCAUUCCACGACCAGUCAUACUACUUCGACACAAUCAUCCAACGCUUCGACGCUACUAUUGCUGCCGUCUUCUACGGCCACACUCACAAGGAUGAGUUCGAGAUAGCAUACAGCGACUACAACAAGCAGUCGGCCUCCACAGCGACCAUGAUGUCGUACAUUGCCCCAGCCCUGACGCCAACCUCGGGAAACCCCACUUUCCGAGUCUACGACGUCGACCCGGUCACGUAUGGCGUCCUGGAUAUGCAUGUCUACUAUACGAACCUAAGCGAUCCUUCCUAUCAGACGUUCGGUCCAAGCUGGGGACUCUUGUACUCGGUUAAGGACACCUACGGCACGCAACUCGGGUACACUGACCCAUCUGCCGAGCUAACUCCGGCAUUCUGGCACAAUCUCACCGUCCUAUUUGAGAACAACGACGACGUGUUCCAGGAGUACAUUUCCCUGAAGAACCGGAAGGCUGGUAAUGAUGCCUGCACGGGUACUUGCAAGACGAGCGAGAUUUGCCAGCUCCGUGCUGCGCAGUCGCAGUACAACUGUGGGGUUGUCUCUCCGGGCAUCAACUUCAAGAGAGACGUGGUGGCUGGUAGUGUCAUUACUACUGCUGGCGAAUGUGAUGGAUCUCGGGCCGUGCCUAUCUUGACGGGACUUCUUGGUGCCGACGGCAUUGCGAACCUCAGGGCUGGGCUGGUGGAUGUUCUUGGACAGGCGUUCCUCAACACUGUGGUGCCCUUGAACUCUACAGAUUAA